AUGGUCGGUUGCAUACGCAAGCUACACAAUGUCUCAUUUUCUCCAAAGAUCAUUAACUGUAGAAUCUAUCCAUCGUAUAAUCCGGAAGCUAUGAAAGAGGAUUUUAAAUCUGUUAAUUGGAGCUCUGUGUAUAAGAUUUGUGAUGUAAACCAAGCGUUAAAGUGUUUUAAUGGCAUUGUGAAGAGCGUUUUUGAUAGUCAUGCACCUCAUAUCGUUAAGAAAAUUAGGGGAAAACCCUGUCCUUGGAUAAAUUUAGAUAUACGGAAACUUAUGACAACUAGGGAUCGUAUGCUACGAAAGUUUCGAAAAACUAAAAGGGAAGAGGAUUGGAAUCUAUACAAGAAACUAAGAAAUUCAUGUAAUAAUAAAAUGAAGCAUGCAAAGGGGGAAUAUCAGAAAGAUUUGUUAAACGAGAAUGUAGCAAGCCCAGAAGGUUCUGGAAAACGAUUAAGGAUAUUCUUCCCGACCAAAAAUAAGCCAAAGAACCCAAGUGUAUGUAAUGAUCAGAACCUCCGAGGUAUUUUCAGUGAGUAUUAUGCCAAAGCCGCUCCAUUCCUUAAAGAGCAGGCUUUUCCGCUGAUUGAUUCUGUAUGGAGACGGCCAGAUGUAAUUGAGCAUCGAACAGAACGAGUUUUUAUGAUGAAAAAUAUAUCCAGAGUAUUUGUCUUGAAUGAAUUGAAACAGCUCAAGCGAAAUAAAGCAACUGGAGUCGAUGAACUUCCACCUGAAAUGUUGAAGGACGUCAGGGAAUAUAUAGCUGAGCCUCUAUGUUAUAUCUUAAACCUUCCGGUGAAAACCCUUACAGUGCCUCUGAAGUGGAAAAUAGCAAGAUUAAUACCAAUUCAUAAAUCUGGGUCCAUAAAUCAACCUAAAAACUUUCGUCCAAUAUCUGUUCUACCGGUGCUGUCCAAAUUGCUAGAGAAGGCUGUACACUGGCAGUACAGGAAUUUCUUGGAGGAAUAA